AAGAAACGUCAAACGCUGUAAAGAGCAGCAGAGCAGAAUUUUGUAAACAUUUCGUUUGAAAACGAUUUUGAUUCGAUAGUUUUGAAGCUCUGGUGAAUUUAAAAUAUUAAUAAACCUGUUUGGUGUACAGAAUUCAAGCAUUAUUUGAGGAAACAUGGCGGACUACUGGAAGUCCAAUGAUCGGAAGUAUUGUGAUUUUUGUCAAUGCUGGAUUGCGGACAACAAACCGAGCAUCCAGUUUCACGAAUCCGGCCGACGCCACAAGGCUAAUGUUCAGAAACGAUUGUCCGACAUCAGUCGGAACAGUUACAAACAGCAGAAGGAGCAGAACAAAGUGGAGGCGGAUCUGAAGAAAAUGAACGAAGCUGCAAUGAAAGCGUACAUGCAGGAUGUUACGGCUGGUGCGGACAUAAGUUCCCGGGCGUUGGCCGAACAGCAGCGAGCUGAAGCUGCUGCGGCAGCUGCUGCUGUGCUGGAAUCUGACUCAGCAGCAGGACCGAGUGUCGGAGUUCGUGUGACAAAGAAAAAGGUGGGUCGGGAAGCAGACCCGUUAUAUAUUCCGGGAGAUUUUUCUGAUGAGGAAGGUUAUGGUCCAAGUAAACUAACCGCUGCAGCGAUUGCUGAAGCAGCAAAGCAAAAGCGCAUUGAAGAAAUUAGUAAAAUAGGCCAUGGUUCACUCUGGGUGGAAGCUGUGUCUGAGGAAGGAUACACAUACUACUGGAACGUCAAGACGAACGAAUCAAUUUGGGAAGCACCCAAGGAGGGGUUUAUGAAAAAGGAAGAGUACGUUAAGAUCACUCAGUUGGCAUUACAAAAGCAGGAAGAAGCGCUGAAACAGGGAGUCAAGUUUGAAGUGGAUAACGCUGAGGAAAUCGCUGCCAAACUGAAGCGAGAGCAAAUGGGAAAAAUGUACCGCCACAAUCGACUAAUUAAGGAGGAAAUUGAAAGUUUAGCAGAUUCUAAAAAACAGAAGCUGGAAGAGGAAGCGAUGUUGGAUGCUGCCUCAGGACCUUAUGGCAGGUGGCAAACGGUGGAGCGGAGACAAGAAACCCCGGUCGACUUGCAGCUGCCGGUAGUACCUGAACCGUUGUACGUCCCUAGUGUAGCGCCAGAAACGGUACCGGAACGGAAGUUCAAAGAGAAAGUUAUCGACUACAUUCCGGCAGAUGAAAAAAGUUCACUGAAUGACGGUUUCUUUAAAAAACGGAAAGUGGCUCGCAACGCCCGACAACGGUUGGAUACGGAUUAAUAAAGUUUGGAUUAUUGUAGGAAAACGUAAGUACA